AUGACGACGAUGGUUGGUGGUGAUGGUGGUGAUGGUGGUGGUGGCGCUGGUGGCAGUGGUAGUGAUGGCCUCGAUAUUGCGUUUUUUGUUGUUAAAUAUUCUCACAAAUUACUCAUGGGUUCAUGCCUCGGCAAGAAAUCGGCUUCAAUAACAACAGCAACGACAGCGGCUCCACUUAGCUGCGGUAUUAUGCACUCGUCUAUGGUGAUUUCCGAUACGGUAUUACGACGUCUGACACCACCGAAUCCGUCGAUUGUUGAUCCGUCAGUGCAUAAACACUCACCACCGUUAUUUAUUGCACUUUUCGAUUAUGAUGCACGUACGGAUGAUGAUCUUAGUUUUAAAAAAGAUGAACUAUUAUAUAUUUUAAAUGACAUGCAAGGUGACUGGUGGUAUGCAAGGAGUAAAUUCACGAAACGCUGUGGUUAUAUUCCGUCGAACUAUGUUGCUCGGGAAAAAAGCCUUGACGCGCAACCGUGA